AAAUCAACAGAACCAACACAACUUCGUGAGCUCUGUCGCUCUGUCGACUGCGCGAGACUGAAUUAAUUUUGAACUUCAACCACGUGUAUUUUUAUUAUCAAGUUAUAUUGAUUUUAGCUCUUAAAGUUCGUCAUUAUUUCUUCUAGUGGGGAUUAAUAUCCUCUUUUAGCUACGGUUUGAAUAACCCACUACUGGAAGUAAAGGAACAAGAGUUAACUUUUAAGGAUGUCUGAAACUGGUAUCAAUAAUGGAAAUCCUUGUUGCUGUGAGAAAAUUUUUCAAAAACAAGAAAGUCUAAUUACUCACAAGGUUAUGCACACUGAAGAGGAGCAUCGUGAAAAAGAAGGCAGAGUGUUUUCUCAAAAAUCUGUGUUACUAAAGCAUAUGCCAGAAAAUUUCUCGAAUUUUAAAGAAAAGCAGACUGUCUUCAAUCACAGAAGGGAAUUUCAUUUGGGUGAUAAUUCUUCCCUUUGCCCUAAAAUAGGCAUCAUCAGGAAAAGUAUUGCAGCAGCAUCGGAUGUAAACGUAAUUGUUCAGAAGACGGUUGGUUUAGUCGAUCCUAGCAAAUCUUUUAACGAUGAAACGACUCAAAAUAGUACCACGUUUGAAAAAUGGGGUUGCAAAAGCAUGGUUAAAAAGCCACGGCUUCAAAUUGGAAAGCCCCAGAUUGAGAAAAGAACAGAGAGUUUGAAUUUUGACUACCUUAAUGUAAGCGUCUCUACAGUUAAAAAACCUCUGCACAUUUGUCCCGUGUGCAAAACGGGAUUUACGACAACGACGUCUAUGAGAAAACAUAUUGCAGCACAUUUUGAUAAUCCUGCUUAUUCCUGCGACAAUUGUCAUGUGAAAUUCAGAACGAGGGUUGCAAUGACAUACCAUAAAAACCAGGUACACUCGGAUAAUCAAACCAAAGGGAAACCAAGUGACAGCACUCGCGUUAAAUCAAAUGGUUCAGAUUCUACCAAACAAUCAUCAAAGGAGUCGUCAAUCAACGCCGAAUCUCAGUCACAACAACCGAUUCGUGUCCGGCAUUCCCCUAGCGAGGAUCCCCAUAUUUGGCCAAAAGUUUUUAUAUCAAGACGGUUGAAUGAUUUCCUGAAUCUUAACCAAUGAGCACUUAGUGGAGUAGCUUGUGGAAGUUGUGCGUAUCGUACUAUAAUGUUUAUGUUGCUAAUUUAAACUACGCUGGAUUCCUAUAAUGUAAUCCACGGGAAAUUCGCUUAAGUAUUUUAAUCUGAAUUUCAAUGUCAUUUAUUAAUUAAAACGAGAUUUUCGCCUUAUAAUUUCAUUAAAUCAGCCAACCUAGAAAAAUUUGUGAUUUAUUGUUUUCAUUUUAUAAAGUAAUUUUAGUCAAAUACAAAGGUACCCUGAUCGUA